AUGACACUCCCAUUGUCAUUAUUAUUUUUUACUCUCUCAACAACUUUCAUUACGGCGUUUAUCUGUCCCACAACUAACAAUACAUAUCCACACGAAUGGAACAAUGCAGCUUAUUAUCAAUGUUCAAAAGAUUGUGCUUAUCAACGAGAUUGUCCUCCGAAAACUUAUUACUCUUCUAGUACGAGGAAAUGUAUCUCAGAACCAGCUGAUUGGAGUCCACAAUUUGAUUUAACUGGUCAGUAUAUAUGGUCUGACAAGACUUUUAUGGAAAUUCGUCAGGUAGGCUAUGAUGUACAAUGGUCAACCGAAAGUAAUGAUGCCAUAUACAAUUUUGUCGGCCGUUAUCUUAAUGCAACAAUGGUAUCAGGUUUAGAAAUUAUCCUAGAAAAAACAACGAAUUGUGUAAGUUUACAAGAGUUUGAUUUAUCUGUUACGGGAAAGCGUAAUUUCUGUCGAUCACGAGUUUCUUACCAUUGUAUUCUUUCAUCUCUUAUUAUCAAUAUCUAUUGUAUCAAUCAACUACCUGGUAUUAAUGAUAUAUCAGCUGGUUAUGAUGCAGCUAAAAUGCUUUCUGCAAAUGAACAAAAUUCCAAAUAUCGUAUAUUUGAUUUAAGUGAACAAAGUACAACUUCAUUUAAUAUAAAAAUACUUGGAAAAGAUCAAAAAUUUGCAGUACCUAAAUUUGUUCAAGUAACUGAUGUCAGCAUUCGAAAAGAAGAUACUUGUCAAACUAUUGCUUAUACUUUUGAAUCUUUCUUUCAUAGUUAUUUUCAAUCAACAUCAUUUGGAAUUGGAAUUGGUAUUCCUGGUGUAAUUAAUGUUGCAGUAGGAUAUCGUGGGACAUUAAAACAAAUUCAAGAAGCAAUAACAAAAAGUGAAAAAGCUGUAGGAAUAUCAACAAUAUGGUGGGGACUUUAUUCAGUACAACUUGGUCCCCCACUUUUUCUUAAAUUGGAUCCAAUGUUUACUCAAAGUAUAGAUUUACUAGCUUCACAAGCAUCAAAUCCAACUAAUGAAGAUCAUCAGUUAUAUUAUAAUCAAUUUAUUGAAACAUAUGGUACUCAUUAUGUUUCUCGUAUUAUUGUGGGUGGAACUGCUUAUUUAUAUACAUUAUUAGAUUCAAAUUAUCAUAAAGAAUAUUCAUAUGAAGAGACAUCAAGUCAGGUUAGUUUAAUGUUUGAAUAUAAACAAUAUAAUGGACAAUAUGGUCAGGAUGCAACUAAUAUUUGGUCACAAAUCAAAGAAACAUUUAAGAAAAAUGCAGUUACAACAUCUAUUUUUCAACCUCCAGUUGCACCUCGAGAAAAUAAAUCAGAUUGGGAAGUAUGGCAACAAACAGCAGGCGAUCAACCAGUUGUCGUUAAUCGAACAUUAUUUUCUAUUCAUGAUUUAAUUAAAAAUAAAACAACAGUUCGAGAACAUUUACGUAAAACAAUUGAAUUCUAUUUAAAAAAAGGAUUCAUGCCAACAUUGGCUGAAUUGAAUAAUCGUAAUACAUUUCGUCUUGUAUCAAUUCCUCCAAAACCUAUUGGUCCUAUAAAUGGACUCGAUGUUGUUGGUUGUGGAUAUGAUAUUCUUUUAAUGGAAAAUAGAUAUUGUAUUUUUGAUCAAAGUAAUUUUACUGAAAAUGAAACAUGGUCAGAUUCAUAUGACAAACAAUUAACUUAUUCUAUUCCAAAUGGAUGGUUUGUUGUUAAUACUCCUGAAUCAUUAACAUUUGAUGGUUCAAUUUUAAUAACCUCUGUUGAAGAUUAUUUUCGUUGGACACGAACAGUUACUGUUACCAAAGAAGGUGGUUUUCUCGGCCUUGGUCAAAAGCGUAGACAAAAAACAAUAACCGAAUUUUAUCGUCGUUUUUAUCAAGAUUAUUACAAUCUAGACCUUCAUAUGAAACAAAUUGGAUGGUAUACAUUAUCAGUAAGUGCAUUUCCAUAUCCAAAAUUGAACUCUGUAGCUCAAUCAGCGAUUGAUCGUUUACCAACGCGUUUUGAUAUAAAAGAUUUACAAAUUUGGCAAGAUUUUUUUAAUAUAUUUGGAACACAUGUUGUUGUUUCAUCGAAUUUUGGUGGUCAAGUUUGGGCAGAAACAUGGUAUGAAAAAUGUUUAACUUAUGAACAUACACAGCAAUGGAUUGAUGAACAAUUAGAUGAAAAUUGGUUGAUAUUUACCUAUGAUGUAAAGCAUAGAGAAGAUCAUACGCAAACGGUUGAUCAACGUUUUACAAAUUAUUCAAUAUCUUCUUCACAAUUGUUAGGUGGUACUGAAUCGAUUCCUCCAUCUAAAUGGGAAGAAUGGAUUCCAACAAUCAAAACAGAACCUCGUCCAAUUUCUUAUCGUCUUAUAUCAUUAGAUGAAAUUCUACCAGAGAGUGAUCGACGUAAUGCACUUAAAGAAGCAAUUCAUUGUAUUUUAACAGUAGCUAAAGAAGAAGAUCAGAGUUAUAUUGAUCAAUUAGAAACUAUACGAGAACCACCAAGAAAAAAUUGUACUCGAAAUGAGAUUCGUACACGACGUCAAACAUUAACAAAUGAUAGACGAGAAGAGAAGCAAGAUUUAUGUCCUUAUGUUGGUUAUAACGGAAAGGAAUGUCUUGGAUCACGAAUAACAGGACGUAGUUUACCAGCAGAAAAUGCUACUAAGCUGCCAGUUGGUAUCGGCAUGACUCUUGAUAUUACUACAGGUACCCUUCUUCUCCCUGCAUUGGAAUAUACUUACCUUGGAAAUAAUUAUUGGACUGAUCCUAUUACAAGUAUAAUGUAUCAAGCUCCUCGCGGAAUAACUUUUCCUGGCAUUAAGACGACUGAUAAUGAUCCAGUUUCACGUGUUUUUCUUACAGCUGCAGAAUUAUCAAAUGAAUGGAAAUAUGAAAAGUUAAAAGGAAGUUGGUUAGGUGGUGAAUUUGGUCAUUCAAAAUCCCUACUUGAUUUAUACAAGAAAUUUUUUUCGAUGAAUCAAGGAAUAGCUAUUGUGCAAAAACCAACAGUUUUAUAUCGAUUACGCGUGGAAAAUCUACAGUUGAAUAAAUAUGCUAAAGCAGCAAUACAAAAAUUACCAGUGAAAUAUGAUGAAACUUUAUAUAGUGAUUUUUUACAAAAUUGGGGUACACAUAUUGUACAACAGUCACUUGUUGGUGGAAUGCAUGAACAACAAGUUCUUUUUAAAGAUUGUGUUUUUUCGUUUAAUGGUGCAAUUACAUCAGAUAAUUUAAAUGACUAUCUUAAACAAGAUAUUCUUUCUGAAACACUUGGUAAUAGUUUCUAUGCUGAUCGACGAAAAAUUUCUGUCGAUCAUUGGAUCGGUGGUAAUCCAACUGAAAAGAAUCAAACACGUUGGCUAGAAACAUUAGCUGAUAAUCCUGCUUUGAUAAAAAUUGAAGAAUAUGUACCGUGGUCGGAUGUCAUCGAAAUUGAUCGAGACGUACGCGAAAAUUUGAAAAAGAUUAUUCAAUCUCGUACUACAGCAGCUGAUAAAAAGCGAAUUGAUGAAGAGGAUCAAGUAACCAAACAACGUAUUAACGGCAGUUACAUGGCUAGAGAUGGUUCAAUUGGUCUUUUAAAUAAUGGUAAAUGUGAUAUAAAACCUGCAACAUUUGGUUCUGUUGAAGCUUGUUCAAAGGGAUGUCCAACUAAUGUAUUGAUAAAUGGAAGUGCUGAUUUUCUCGGUAACCAACAACUUUGGUAUUUGAGAGAUGAAACGACAGGAUUUAUUCGAGCUCAAGCACGAAUUAACUCACAAACAGUACGUGAAGGACCUUCAGUCAAUGCUGGAUGUUCAUCAAUUGAUAUCAACAAAACACCGACUACAUCUGCUCAUAUAUGUGUUGCAUGUGAUUUAGUCAGUAGUUUUUCUGAUCAAUGUGUAUGUGUUUGUCCAACAUAUCCACCAUCUAGUGUAAAAUAA